GCCCUCGGCCGGCCGGCCGGCUCUGUGUACGUGCGAGCCCACGCGCUGCGAAUCAGGCCAAUAGAGCGCCAGUAAACGCUGAGAGAAGCAGCGGAUUAACGCUCUGAUCGGCAGCUGUCCAUCCUCCGGCAAAUAGACUCGGUUUAUAAGAACUAAAGCUCCGUAAAUAUAUUUAAGGGUAACAAUGGCAUUAUUAUGGGUGUUUGGUGCGGUUAUGGUUUGCUUCUACCAAGUCACUUCAGAAACAGUGAGCUUUAUCAAAUCCCCAAUGUCCCAGACGACAGUGAGUGGGAGGAGCGCUGGGCUCCACUGUGAGGUCGUAGGCUUUCCCCUCCCAGAGGUGCAGUGGUGGUACGUUGAGGAGGAAGAGCCUGAAGAAACAAUUACUCAGCUGUUUGAUGGGGCCCGAAUGGAUCGAGUCCAGAUCCACACCACAUACAAUACUCAUGCCGCCAGCACCAUUCGCAUCUUGAACGUCACACUCAAUGACUCUGGGACGUAUGAAUGCAGGGCCUCCAACGACCCCGAGCGCAAUGCUCUGAGGAAGACGCUCAAAGUCAAGUGGAUCCGCUCGCAGGCUAACAUUUUUGUGUUUGAACAGCCUAACAUCCUGACCGAGCCAAAAGAGGCUAAUAUCACCACCGAGGUGCUCAGCUGCAACUUCACUGAGCCUCAGACUCCCAUCAAAGGUCAUCACUGGACCAGGAACGGAAACGUGAUCGAAGAGACGCGAAGCACCUCCACAGUGGGGUUCACCCAGUACAAAGUAGACAAAACUGACAUCAAAUUUGGAGGUGCUUUUUCUUGUGUCUUUAUUGCGGCUACUGAGUUUAACGAGUCUAUAAAACUUUCAGUGGUCCCCCAUGUCGUGGCUCCCAAGCACAACGAACACGUGACUGAGAACGACAAAGCGGUGCUCAUGUGCGAGAGCAGCACCUACCCACCCAUUGACAAAUGGCGAUGGUCCUUCACUGAUGAUAGCAAGAAUAAAAAGGACAUCACAGAGGAUGAAAAGUACAUUAUCAAGAUCGAGCCCAACAAGACCACCCUGUACAUUAAUAAUCCGGCCAGUAACAUGGACUCGGGCAGCUACACUUGCCAUGGUAGCAAUGACAUGGGUGAGUUCUCUGAUGACAUCACACUGCGUGUCCGCAGCCGGCUGGCCGCCCUGUGGCCCUUCCUCGGCAUCGUGGUGGAGGUGAUCGUCCUUGUCACCAUCAUCUUCAUCUUCGAGAAGAGGAGAAAGCCCGAGGACCUUGGUGAUGAUGACAAUGUAGGGUCUGCUCCACUGAAGAACGAGUCUGCCGCCAACCACAAAGACAAAAACGUGAGGCAGAGGAACUGUAACUGAAGAAGGACGGUGAUGAAGGAAUCCCGAUGGUGGCUGUAUGGUGUUUACGUGGAGCAGAGAGCACCGUCCGGUUCGUUCUAGAAAUCCUUUCCUCUUUCACAGAUUUUUCUUCAUUAAAUUAUGUCUAAAGGACCAAUAUACUCCUGAUGUUUCUCUUACUCUUGUAUUGGCAUGUCUUCUGUGCUAUCAGGUAGUUGAUGGAAGCCUAUGGGCAGGGACUGUGUGAGUUUAUCCGUGUUUAUUUUAAUCUCUGGAGCUAUCUAUUGUUUAUGCAGAAGUCUGUGUUUUCUCUGCGAGUGUGUGCGCUUCCUCCCAGUCGACCGGUCCUGCGUGCGCUUUUAAGAUAUCCAGCAUCAGUAUUAACAUCCUCUGGGGAAGGGGGGGUUGGUGGAGCCUCUGGGGACAGAGACCCCCCCCCCCACCACAUGCCGGGACACAUGUAUUACUGGAAGCCUGGUGGAAAUGACCUGUUCUGCUCCAUAAACAAUGCAGUGUGGGGCCCUCUGGGCUUUUUCUGAUGGCUGUAAUAACUGUACAGUUUGUUUGACGGACUCCAGGGGUGGAAUUUAAUGCUGGCUAUUGUUACUCCUCAGAUGUUUCUGGGCUGUUCAAGCUCAAAACUUGAAAUACUUUUUUAAAAAUGUGUUUUAUUAUUAUCAUUAUUUUUCAGAUAUCCUCAGUAAAAUGUCCUAAGAUCAUCUGCUAGCUGCUUUACAUCAUUUUGAAGCCCGAGACUGAUACCUGAUUUAUAACUUAAAUUUUGUGGCAUCCUUUAAAAUGAGUUAUUACAUUAUUUAACCCUUUUUGUGGAAAGUCCAAGCAAGAUAUUGUAUUAGUAUUGCACCUGGUGUGUACAUUUUGUCUUCCUAUUUUUAAAUUUUAGGAUGUUUUUAAAAUAUAAAUUAAGAAUCUGAAAUUAACGUGAUUUAACAAGCAAUAACUUGACUACUAACUGCUGUAACAAUUUGCACGAUUUAAAUAAAUGUAUUUGAUUUAU